AUGGAGGGAGGACGGCCACGAAGGGGAGUGCCCACGCCGGGGGGGUCCGGGGGCCGCGAUCCCGUCGCGCGAUCCGGUUCGCAGCGAUCCGGUUCCAGGCGAUGCGAUUACGAUUUCCCGACGGGGGCGCGCUGCCCUCCCCUGCCCGGCCUGCAGGAGCUGAACCUGUACGACAACAGCAUCGGCGACGAGGGCGCGCGGGCCCUGGCGGGGGCGCUGCCCUCCCUGCCCGGCCUGCAGGAGCUGAGCCUGUACUACAACAGCAUCGGCGCCGAGGGCGCGCGGGCCCUGGCGGGGGCGCUGCCCUCCCUGCCCAGCCUGCAGAAGCUGUGGCUGGGCGUCAACAGCAUCGGCGCCGAGGGCGCGCGGGCCCUGGCGGGGGCGCUGCCCUCCCUGCCCGGCCUGCAGGAGCUGCGCCUGUACGGCAACAGCAUCGGCGACGAGGGCGCGCGGGCCCUGGCGGGGGCGCUGCCCUCCCUGCCCAGCCUGCAGGAGCUGCGCCUGCAGGGCGGCAACAGAGGUCCGCACGAGAUUCGAUCCGGGUCGGUUCGAUUCGGCGAAUCGCCUCGCCGCGAAUGCCGAUUCGAUGCUGGAGGCCCCCUGCCACGAUCCGGUUCGCGAUUCCAUUCGGUUGCCGAGCGAUGCAAUGUUGCGAUCCGGCGCAGAGCGGGCGACGAUCCGGUUCGCGAUUCGAUUUGGAUCCGGCUGACCCGACGCCCGCUUGCUGCGCGAGAGGCCGCCAGGCUAAAGAAAAGGAGGUGGAAGGGGAGGAGGUGGACAGCGAGCUCUCCAGACCGGGGGGGUCCGGGGCCGGACCGGGGGCCCUCGUCGCCGCCGGGGCCGUCGUCGUCGUCGUCGUCGUCGUCGUCGUCGUCGUCGUCGUCGUCGUCGUCGGCGUCGUCGCUGGCCGUUGCGGGCCUCGGGGGCCCCGGAGGGGGGCCCCAGCUCAGCGUUCUGACGAGGCCUCAGCUCAGCUCGGCCCCGAAACGCGCGAAACGCCGCCGCCGCCGUCGUCGUCGCCGCCGCCGUCGAGGGAGGAGGACCGAGGUUCCAGGUUCGAGGUUCGGCCUCCGGCUUUUCGGCUGUUUUGGGCUCUCGGGGCGUCCGGUGCCCCCGCCUCCCUCUCCUCCAAGGGCCGACGACGACGACGACGACGACGACGACGACGACGACGACGACGACGACGACGACGACGACGACGACGACGACGACGAGGGGAGGGUGGCCCGGGAGGGUCCCCCAGGGGGGCCCGGGAGGGUGACCCGGGAGGGUGGCCCGGGAGGGUGGCCCGGGAGGGUGGCCCAGGAGGGUGGUCCGAGGGUGGGCCCGGGAGGGUGGCCCGGGAGGGUGGCCCGGGAGGGUGGCCCGGAGGGUGGCCGGGAGGGUGGCCCGGGAGGGUGGCCCGGAAUGGUGGGCCCGGGAGGGUGGCCUGGGAGGGUGGUGCCCCGGCAGGGUGGCCCGGGAGGGUUGGCCUGGAGGGUGGCCCGGGAGGGGUGGCCCCGGGAGGGUGGCCCGGGAAGGCGGCCCGGGAAUGUGGCUGGUGGCCCGGGGGGGUGGCUCGGGAGGGUGGCCCAGGGUGGCCCGGGAGGGUGGCCCGGGAGGAUGGGCCCAGGAGGGUGGCCCGGGAGGGUGUGCCCGGGAGGGUGGCCCGGUAGGGUCCCCGCGGGUGGAGCCCGGAGGGGUGGGGCCCGGUAG